AAACUAACAACAUGGAGUCCGGUGUUUAGAGUCGCAAAGGCGGUCUUCAGCGUUUGCUAAACCUAUAUGCUUUUCCCGGUGCUCCUGCGGGAAAGCGCAACGCACACAUGCUCUAUAAGCGUCAGUGCGUGUGUACCACUUGAAUCCAUAUAAGACAUGGAGAGCGCGAUGUGAUUGGACGCAGAAGAUUCCAAAGACAGGCCGCUUUCCAAAUGGAAUUGCUCUUCAUAAUGUAGGACAGGAGAGGUGGACAGCAGUUGCACCCAAGCUAGUGCACCAGGGGACCAUGGAGCCUGAGGAGGAUCUCUCGACCAGGGACCCCCAAGAUCUGAUGUCCAGCCAAGGGCUACUGCCUUCAACAUCCACCUCCUUACUCAGCUGCACAUUCCUGGGGGGGUUAUUGCAUUGUGAUGACAUGGAGAAGGGUGAUGGAAAUGGAGAUUCAGAUGGUCCAAAAUGCUUUUUCCCCACACUGGAGCAUUGUAGUAAAGUACAGAGAAGUCCACGAUCUUCAGCCUUCCCCUCAUCUCUCACAUGGGACUCGGACUCGGAGAGAGAAACCUUGGAUGAGGAAGAACUUCAGCACUUUUCUAACCCUCAUGGUCUGGCUGCUCACAGCCCAGGAAGUCCCACCUCUGGACAACAAGAAGACAGAUUUGACAUUGAUCCGUGCCAAGAACCUGUGGAAACCAAGCAAUUAUUUCUUGAAAAGAUCCCACUUGCCCCCCUGAAGGUGGAGAAUCAAGGAGAUGUUACAUACAAGGAGACGAAAACUACAGACUACAGCCUAUCUAAACGUACAGCAAAACUGGAACAAGACAAAGUGAGCCAUCUACCAGAUACUACACCAAAAGAGGGAUGCCAAAAAGACAAGAAAGAUGAGCAGAAAAUGUUUAAUAGUAGAGGGCGAGAAGAGAAGAUCACCAAAGAGCCAGAUGUAUACACCUUCCCAGGAGACUCUGAGCCAGAAAGUCCACCACCUGGACCUUGGGCACACUGCACCUUCAUCCAACGCCGAAGAAAGAAGAGGGCCAUAUUGAGGCCUUUCUCUGGCUUAGACACUUGGCAGAGCACAAAGGGAGCCGGCAGGAAGACCAGAGGAAAACCCUCGGGAGCAAAGGAGCGUAAGAAAACCACAAAGGUUGGGGAAGGGAUGUUUGAAUUUAAAAAGGAAAAGGAAGAGAAGGUACGGGGAAGACAGAGGUCAGUAGUAGAGCACCAACUGGAUGGAGACCUCUCACAAGAGAUUUUUACAUGUGUAGAAUGUAGCAUUUACUUCAAAAAACGCACCCAUCUACUUGAACACAUGCAAGAGCAUGGCCAGGUUGGUAGAUCUGGGAAGAAAUGGCAAUGUGGAGAAAAAGACUCUAGGAGUGGACAUCUUAAUAAAAAUGCUUUUGAAUGUAUAGAGUGUGGUCUGGAGUUUGUAGACGAGGUACUCCUGCUAGAUCAUCAGCGAUGCCAUGAGGAGUCACGGCAGAAAAUCCUUGAAGAGAUUGGAAACUUAAAAGAGGGGGAUAAGCAGGUGGCAGAGCAAGCCAGUUGCAGUAAGGCAUCAGAGCCAGCCUACCAAGAGUUAACAGAUGUUAGUCAGUUUGUGUGUCUUAAGUGCAAUUUUAGCUCCGAUUUGCCUCAAGAACUUGCUGAGCAUGCCAAGACACACAACACUCGAACAAGAGCUGGUGUCUAUCGAACCUCACCCCGAUUUCAACAGAAGUCCUGCAAGAAAGGACAAGUUCAGUCCUCUGCAGAUAUUACGUCAACUCUUGCCACAUCACCUCUCAACAAGAGGUACCCCAUCCGGGCAUCCAAAAAAUCUAAAGAAACGCAGCCUGAAAGUGGCACUUCACAGGUGGACUCUAGUUCGUUGUCUUGUCAAAGUGCUUCUGCAACCCCAGGAGAGGCCACAGAGCAACCUGAUAAUACAACUCUGCAUGAAAAUACAGAGCCUGCGGAGGAGUUGAGACAAACAGAAGAGCCCAGGGCAACUGUGGAUAAGCCUGUGGAAGAGAAUGUUCCACAACCUCAGCAUCUCAUGUCGUCUCCGCCAAAUCUCAGGGCUGCUCCGCGGCGUAAGGAUGUGGCAUUCAAGAGUAUAGGGAAUAAACGCUCAGUCCGGGCUGCGAGGGGUAAACUGGGGCGCACAAGAGCGAGUACAAGACUAGAUCCUAAGUCCACCCUUACUCCCGUUAUGAAAAAACAAGUCCAAAUCUCAAACCAGACCGAAGAUAAGUGCCAGAAAGAAGACAUUCCAACACCAGAACCAGAACAUGAUCCAAAACAAGACUCCAAAACAGAGACGGAGCCACCUGCCAGUGAUCCUGAUCUCAAAGCCAACUCCUCCUUGCCAAAGAAAAACAGCAAAAAGCUUGAAGCACAGGAGGAGGAACCCAAACACAAAGAAGACAAAUCUGAUUGUCAGGAGAAGAGCGGAGAAGACACACUUGUUGCUGCAAAACUAGAGGAUGAUGAUGAUGAUAUUGAUGAUGACGAAGAUGAAGAGGAUGUUGUUAGUCGUCUUAUUGACGCAUUAACUGAGGAAGAUGAUGAAGAUGAUGAUAGAGAGGGGUUGUUGAAGAGUGUGGAAAGAAAAUGCCCUUAUUGCCCAGAUCGAUUCCUUAAUGGCAUUGGACUAGCCAAUCAUGUUAGGGGUCACCUGAACAGAGUGGGUGUCAGUUACAAUGUUAGGCACUUUAUCUCUCCGGAAGAGGUCAAUGCCAUUGAGAAAAAAUUCUCCUACCAGAAAAAGAAGAAAAAAGUUGCGAACUUUGACCCGUCGACCUUCAGCGUAAUGAGAUGUGAGUUCUGCAGUGCCGGCUUUGACACCAGAGCUGGUCUCUCCAGUCAUGCCCGAGCCCAUCUCAGAGACUUUGGCAUCACCAACUGGGAAGUCACGCUUUCUCCCAUUAAUAUUCUUCGAGAGAUUUUUGCCAAGCAUCCAGAUCUUGUUCUACCCACUGCACCCACUCAUACUCUCCAGUCAAGUCAAGAGCAAAACUCUGAUGAGGAGCAAGAGUGCAGGAAAGACAUGAAGGAUGAGGAGAACAUGACAGCAGAACCCACCACUCUUUCUUCUGACUCUCCAAAACGGCACUGGAAGGAAGAGCACAAUAUAAGUGAACUAGAGGAUGGGGAGGAGGCAGAGGAUGGGGAAGAGGAAGAAGAGGAGGCCCAAAUGCCUGUUACAGAUAAAUUGGCCACAAGUCCAGGAGAAAAGACCCUGUUCUCUAUUGAGGAACAGAGCCCUGAAUCCAAAGAGACAGAUGCUAUGGGCUCUAACCUGUUGAAAUGUGAGUUUUGUGGUGCUGCCUUUGAGACACGUCGUGGUUUGUCUAGCCAUGCCCGCUCUCACCUACGCCAGCUCGGCAUCGGCAUGUCAGAGAACAGUGGCGCACCCAUUGAUCUCCUCUACCAGAUCACUAAGGAACGCUCCAUUGAUGCACACUUCACUAGCACCUCCCCUACUGUGGAAUCUCCUAAGAAGCUCCAGCACCAUGCCCCUAUUGUUCCUAUACCUAGCCCCACAAAAGAUGUUGAAACUGAAGAAGGACUGCUGGACACCAAGCCCCUUGUCCCGUUCUCUAUUGUGGGUUCCGCUAUUAAAGUUUCCUCUUCCCCAACUACUCACUCUGCAGCUGGCUCCCUGCCUUCCUCUCCAUUUGUAAAGUCUCGGUCCCCUUCCCCAGUGCUGAGAAAGGCUCCCAUCUCUUCCCUCCUACCCGUGUCUUCCCCACUGCGAUCCCAGGAGCAUAAGACCUUAGGAAAGAACCAGUCUACAAACCUCUCCAGUCCGAACAAACCAUUCUGGGCACCGCAAGAGUCGGAUGCCCCAUUGAAUCUUACGAUGGACAUGGACUCUAAAGACAUUAUUUGCAAGUUGUGUGGUGCGUGGUUUGAAACAAGAAAAGGCCUCUCGAGUCAUGCUCGUGCCCAUUUGCGCCAUUUUGGGAUUGAGUACUCAGAAUCCAAGGGCUCCCCCAUUGACUUACUCAAUCGGUUCAUCUUGACUGAUGAUUUUAAGCACAGAGCAAAUUCUUUUCUCUCAGACGGUCCAGAAGACCUGAGGUCCCACAAGACCAGCAUGACAUCCCUCUUACCCUCCACUUCCACUUCCCCUAAGAGAUCUCUUCACUCCAGCCCUGUCCUAUAUAGAACAGCAACCUCUUCUUUGAGGACAACAAUUGGCUCCAAAGCUACCUCCUCUUCUACCCACCCCUUAUUGGGCCCACCCCCAAAGAAGCUGAAACCCUCCUCGUUACAGGUCCUUCGUUUCAGUAGUGGGGAAGUGAUGUCCUUUCCUAUAGAGCCGAUGAAAGACGUGGGCUGUGAAUUCUGCGGAGAACUUUUUGAGAACCGCAAAGGCCUCUCCAGUCAUGCUCGCUCCCAUCUGCGCCAACUUGGGAUCACCGAAUGGUCUGUGAAUGGCUCACCUAUUGACACACUAAAAGAGAUUAUAGUCCGUCGAGGCCUACCGUCCAUCAUACCUCUGAAGUCCCCCAAAUCCCCCUCCUCUUCUCCGAGUUCUGGACUGCCUCGGACCGCAGUCCAGUCCUCUUCCCCACCAGGGAAUUUGUUUGGGCGCCUGCCUUUCCAUUUUGCCCAAACUCCAAGCCAUGACCAGCCUGCUACCCGCAAAAUGUCUCCUUCGACAUCUACUACCAGUUCUUCCCCAACCGUAGGGCUGGUUAAACUGAAACCAGAGCCUGAAAUUGUAGAGGUUACCAUGAAAGGAUCAGACAUGGUAGUAAAUGAAAGCUACAACCCAGAGCCACUACAUUCCAGUUUAAACACUUCAGAUACUGUUUAUCCAGUCAACUUGGUUAUGACUCAGGAGAAGGAACCUUCCCGUGAUAUUCGCUGUGAAUUCUGUGGCGAAUUCUUCGAAAACCGCAAAGGCCUCUCAAGCCACGCACGUUCUCACUUAAGGCAUAUGGGUAUCACAGAGUGGUCUGUGAACGGCUCGCCAAUUGACACACUGUGGGAAGUCAUGAGGAGACAAGGCACUACCCCUGCAUCUGUUGCCUUGGGCAUAAAGGAGGAACCGGGUCAGGAUGGUGGGAUUUCAUUGAACAGUCCAGGCUAUCAGUCCUCUGCCCUGUCCCGCAAGUCACCUCUUAACCUGCUCCACUCUGGCUCGCGUCUUCAUAAGCAUGGGCUGGGAAGCGUUGCCUUGUCCUCCACCUCACCUGUGGGGAAGAUUUUUGGAGUGCCUCCUCUGAAGAAGAAGGUGCUGGUGGAGGAGGGACAGCCAGGAGAGAGAGCACUACUCAUCCAAUCUAAAAACUUAUCGCCUCCCCCACAGGACUAUUCCUUUAAGGGUAAAGCCUCAGUGGAGAAGCAUGUGGUAGGCCACAUGGAUGCCAGUUGUGAACUCUGUGGAUUCUACUUUGAGAACCGGAAGGCACUGGCCAGUCACGCUCGAGCACAUUUACGACAGUUUGGCGUGACUGAGUGGUGUGUAAAUGGUUCGCCUAUCGAGACGCUGAGUGCCUGGAUACGCAGCCGUCCACAGAAGGCAGCAGAGAUGCAGCAAAGUUAUGCACAAGGAGCCCGCUAUGCCCAAAAGAAAAGGUGCAGUUCCACUCUCUUACCAUCCUGUGACUCUGACUCUACAACUCCUGUUUCCCAAAAGCCCGCUGUGGCCAAAUGGGCAUCUCUCACUUUGCCUCAAAAGAGAGCAAUUGGACAGGAUGUCAACAGUUGUUCCUGGGGGUUGUCAUCACGGGGAACUGACGCAAAAAGCAGGAGUGGAAGUUCCACUCAGCAUGGCCUUAUUCCACAGCCUGGAGCUCAUCAUUCCAAUAAUGCACUUCCACAUGCGCAGGUGGCGCAUAGUGAACUCAACGUGCGUUUGCCACGAGGAUUUGAGAGACGGCCACUUAAACACCCAUCACAUGCUGAAGGAGGUGAGGGAGAGAGUGGCCCCCCAAAGCCUCGCUCCAGUACCGUUCCUGCCCUUGUGCCAAAGCCCCCCUCCACCCCACUGGUUAGACUUGUGGGUAAAAUUUACUCACUCAAGUGCCGGUUCUGUGACGUGGAGUUUCACGGCCCUCUCUCGGUACAGGAGGACUGGAUCAGGCACCUACAGCAGCACAUUCUCAAUCUUAACUACAACAAGACUACUUCACCCACAAACGACACUCCCGCCCAAAGUGACACUCCUGAUCCCAAGCCCCUAGUCUCAGCUGCUACCUCCACGUCAACUACGACCACAGCUCCCGCCACGACCCUGUCCACGCCUUCCCCAAAGCCCACAACUACGCCCACAUCAGCCUCCACACCUACACCCGCCCCCAGCCAAGCCUCCGCGGGGCGGCUGGCCACAGCAGAGCCAGUUCCUUCUCCUGCUAAUUAGGCCAUGUGUCCUUCCUACAUAUGUAUGAGAUGCCAUCAGUUAUUUCCAUGAUUUGUUUCUGUAUUACUCAUCUUUGAUUAUUUCAAUCUCUGAUCAAAGGGAGAGAUUUUUCGAAAAAUCUCAGCUAGCGACCCACUUACCCUGACCUACAUCGCAAGCAUCUGUUAUGAUUCAGGCGUGAGGUAGGUGUGUUGCCAUGACAGUUCUCAUCUCCCUUUUGUCUCGCAAGGAUGGACCGUUAUUUAUGAACAAGAAAAAGUCACAGUAUAAUGCAACUUUACAUUUGUUUUGUGGAUAAGCUUUGAUUGUUUCAAAAAGCAGAAUGAGGAUGUGGUGAGUUCAGUUCAGUAAGCUAUUUGGCCCUUAUGCCCAAUGACUAAUAUUUGUUGUUUAAAAUGAACUCAAAACUGUUAGCUUACCAAAUGUAUUCUUAAAUUGUCGGCAAAUCAGAGAAUUACAAUCAAAAUGGCACAGAUAUAAAGCUCAACCUUAAACGGUUUUACUAUGAAGGACUUAAACAAAAGGCCUUGACCCUUUGAAACAAAGCUUAUCUGUUUCUAGCAUUUGCAAGUUCAGAGUUUGUAACUGUUUUAGCUGUGAUAAUUAACUACAAGCCUGCACUCCCAUGCAGUUAUCAACAGAUACGAGACGUUCGUUUUAAGCAGACACAGAUGGGUUUGUGUCCAAACGGGACAUGCCUUUUCUUUUCUGCAGUCCCACUGCAAUCUAGACGUUGAUAAUCUCAGUUGAGUCUUGCCACUUAGAGUUGAUGAUCAAAUUUGUCUGGAACCGAUUGCUGCUAAAUAUUUAAAUAAGUUAAGCACACUUAGUUAAAUGCAUCGUUUUAGCACAUGACCAACAGAAUGAGCAUGCAAAUUCUGUCAUGCCUUCCAGUUGUAUUCAACCAUACGUAUUUAUGCCUUCGUUGCUUUUUUGUAUGGCACAUUGUUUUGUAGCGCGUUUGCACAAGCUUAUGUGAUGCUUUGCAUAAUGCUUUGAUGAAUCUGAUCCUAGAUCACUCCAUUUUCUCUCCAUUUAAUUCUGUGCUUGGCACAAAGUAAACUCUAAAUGAAACAGUCGACGCAGCUGUCUAAAAGUCUUCUUUGCUGCUUUAUAAAUGAUACUUAAGCUUUCUGAGAAAUUGCCUUGGAACAAGUUGAUGGCCCGAAGUAUUUUAUGCUCAUAAAAGUCACUUUUUUCCCAGAUGCAUUUCAAGAGAACCCAAAUUAUGGCUCAUCUGAAUGUUGAACGAACUGAAAUAUUUGGCUACACUACAUUUGAAUGUUUCACAAGAGUAAAAGGUUAAUGCACUUAACUUAUCUGCUAAGAAUUAGGGAGUGUUUGUAUAUAUACAGUAUAUACAUA